AACGAAACAAGCAGUGUAUAUUGUAUAAUUGUCAUUAGUAGAAAUGUCGCAGUCGACUUGAAACACUAGUUGUAAAGAAUAAUUUCGUAAUACUAGUUUUUGCUUUAGUUUCUAAUUUUUUGUAAACAAAUGACCAGAGUGCGUCACCGUGGCCUAUGAUCACCAUACAAUUCACAGUUUAAAAAAUAUUACGAAAUUAUCAGAAGAUAAUUAUUCGUUUUAUUGUUAUUAAAAGUAGGUACAUCUAUGAAGUAUUUGUGACGAGUCGCAAUACUCGCGGUUCACGGUGUUUCAACGACGGGCAGUUCGCCGCAUUUCAUUGCGAAAGGCAGUCGUGAUGGGCUUUCCAAUAGCGGCUGCUGUGGGGGCUUUUGUGGCGUUAUGGUCUUUCCAAGGCCUACUUUGUGCCCUCGUAGUUUCUGUGUGUGUGGGUAUCUUGUAUGUUGCAGUGUUCCAUACGCGAUGGUGUUAUGUAGCAAUAAAAACAAUCCCGCGGGACCUUUAUGCAUUAUACACUUACAUGAGGAUUAUGUGGGUGACACGACAGAUGAGCAAAAAGAACCUGACCAUUCCAGACAUAUUCCAUGAUGUUGUCAACAGACAACCAGACAAACCAUGUUUCUUAUACCAGGAUGAAGUGUGGAGUUUUAAGGAGGUGGAAGAUUUCAGCCUUCGCGUGACAGCAGCACUAAAGGCGCAGGGCGGCAAGAAGGGCGAUAUAGUCGGCUUGUUAUUAAAUAACUGCCCUCAAAUGCCGGCUAUAUGGAUGGGCAUAGCACGGCUUGGUGCUGUCACACCACUUAUAAAUACAAACCAGCGGGGCAAUGCACUUGUACAUUCCAUAAAUGUCGCCAAAUGCGAUUACCUUAUAUUUAAUGAUGAGUAUAUGACAGCUAUACAAGACGUCCAAUCUGAACUGAGUCCUAGCCUUAAGCUAUAUAAGUUUACACACCGGCCACUGAAUCCGUCGAACCCUAAAUCCCAGAAUAGUGGGGAUGCCGUCGCAGAUUUUACUAAUAUUUUGGAAACCACACCGCCUGCCGAUUGGACCCUUGCGAAUGCAGACGGGUUUGAAGGGAAAUUGUUAUAUAUCUAUACUUCUGGAACUACCGGACUGCCUAAAGCCGCUGUGAUAUCAAAUGCCAGAUUCGUGUUCAUGGCAACCGGCAUACAUUUCUGGCGUCUAAAUACGUCCGACGUCAUUUAUUGUCCAUUGCCGCUGUACCACACCGCCGGAGGAGUGAUAAGCGUCGGUCAAGCACUCGUGCUGGGUUGCACAGUUAUUCUAAAAGCGAAAUUUUCCGCAUCGCAAUAUUUCCCCGACUGUGUCAAGUACAAGGCGACGGCGGCGCACUACAUCGUUGCAAAAAAUAGAUUUAAGGAGUUUUUCUUGUGCAGGUGGAAGAAGCGUGUGGAUUGGUUCCGAUAA